GAGCCACAUCCCAAAACAGAAAAGCUUUCAGCCAUUGCGCGCGCCUCCCGGGGGUGCAGCCCAGCUCCUGGGUUUCUUCUUAGACGCACGAGCAAUUGGAUACAAAAAGGGCAGGCCUGCUGCUCCCUCCUUCCACCCCCCUUCCUGCCCAGGGUGUGGAGCGCCGGCCAGGUGUGGGCUUGGGUGGCAGGUUACCGCCUUUUGCCCUGGCGGCCUCGAGGAGGGGGGUGGGCGCUUUCUUUUUCUCGUGGAAGAGGGUUUUAGCACAGGUUUUCUCGUUCUCACUUCCAACCCCACCUCGCCGCCUCCCGACCCCCCUCCUCCCCCUCCCCACCUAUCGUCAUGACGGCGUCUCCGGAUUACCUGGUGGUGCUUUUUGGGAUCACUGCUGGGGCCACCGGAGCCAAGCUGGGUUCAGAUGAGAAGGAGCUGAUCCUGCUGUUAUGGAAAGUCGUGGAUUUGGCCAACAAGAAGGUGGGACAGUUGCACGAAGUACUAGUUAGACCGGAUCAGUUGGAACUGACAGAGGAUUGUAAAGAAGAAACUAAAAUAGACGCCGAAAAUCUGUCUUCCGCGCCGCAGCUGGACCAAGCCCUCCGACAGUUUAACCAGUCAGUGAGCAAUGAACUGAACAUUGGGGUAGGGACCUCCUUCUGUCUGUGUACUGACGGGCAGCUUCACGUCAGGCAGAUCUUGCAUCCGGAGGCUUCCAAGAAGAAUGUAUUACUACCUGAAUGCUUCUAUUCCUUUUUCGAUCUUCGAAAAGAAUUCAAGAAGUGUUGCCCCGGCUCCCCUGCUGUGGACAAGCUGGAUGUUGCAGCAAUGGCAGAGAGCCUCAACUUUGAGAAGAAUGACUCCAUCUCCCGAUAUGGAGCCUCUCAAGUUGAAGACAUGGGGAACAUAAUUUUAGCAAUGAUCUCUGAGCCGUACAAUCACAGAUUUUCAGAUCCAGAGAGAGUAAACUACAAGUUUGAAAGUGGCACUUGCAGCAAGAUGGAACUUAUUGAUGACAACACAGUGGUGAGGGCUCGAGGUUUGCCCUGGCAAUCUUCGGAUCAAGAUAUUGCAAGGUUCUUCAAAGGACUCAAUAUUGCCAAGGGUGGUGCAGCACUUUGUCUGAAUGCUCAGGGUCGGAGGAACGGAGAAGCUCUGGUUAGAUUUGUAAGCGAGGAACACAGAGAUCUAGCCCUACAGAGGCACAAACAUCACAUGGGGACCCGGUACAUUGAGGUUUAUAAAGCAACAGGCGAAGAUUUUCUUAAAAUUGCCGGAGGGACAUCCAAUGAGGUAGCCCAGUUUCUCUCCAAGGAAAACCAAGUCAUUGUGCGCAUGCGGGGGCUCCCUUUCACUGCCACGGCUGAAGAAGUGGUCACCUUCUUUGGACAGCACUGCCCCAUCACCGGGGGGAAGGAAGGCAUCCUCUUCGUCACCUACCCAGAUGGUAGGCCAACAGGAGAUGCUUUUGUGCUCUUUGCCUGUGAGGAGUAUGCUCAGAACGCCCUAAGGAAGCACAAGGAGUUGCUGGGUAAACGAUACAUUGAACUCUUCAGGAGCACAGCCGCUGAAGUUCAGCAGGUGCUGAAUCGGUUUUCCUCAGCCCCUCUGAUUCCACUUCCAACCCCUCCUAUUAUCCCCGUACUACCUCAGCAGUUUGUGCCUCCAACAAAUGUAAGAGACUGUAUCCGUCUUCGAGGUCUUCCCUAUGCUGCCACAAUAGAAGACAUUCUGGACUUCCUGGGGGAGUUUUCCACAGAUAUUCGUACUCAUGGGGUUCACAUGGUAUUGAAUCACCAGGGACGCCCAUCAGGAGAUGCCUUUAUCCAGAUGAAGUCAACAGACAGAGCAUUCAUGGCUGCGCAGAAGUAUCAUAAAAAAACCAUGAAGGACAGAUAUGUUGAAGUCUUUCAGUGUUCAGCUGAGGAGAUGAACUUUGUGUUAAUGGGGGGCACUUUAAAUCGAAAUGGCUUAUCCCCGCCGCCAUGUAAGUUACCAUGCCUGUCUCCUCCCUCCUACACAUUCCCAGCUCCUGCUGCUGUGAUUCCCACUGAAGCUGCCAUUUACCAGCCUUCUCUGCUCUUGAACCCACGAGCAUUGCAGCCCUCCACUGCAUACUACCCGGCAGGCACGCAGCUCUUCAUGAACUACACGGCCUACUAUCCCAGCCCCCCAGGUUCGCCUAGUAGUCUUGGCUACUUCCCUUCAGCUGCUAGUCUUAGCAGUGUCCCGCCCCAGCCUGGCACGGUGGUCAGAAUGCAGGGCCUGGCCUACAAUACUGGAGUUAAGGAAAUUCUUAACUUCUUCCAAGGUUACCAGUAUGCAACCGAGGAUGGACUUGUACACACACAUGACCAGGCCAGGACUGUACCCAAAGAAUGGGUUUGUAUUUAAGGGCCCCAGCAGUUAGAUCGUCCUCAGAGAAGAAGUGUUUGAAAGACGUAUGGUGAUCCUGAAACAAUCAGACAAGAGAACUUCUAGCAAUUUCAGGGGAUGUUUAUCUACACUCAGGCUGCAGUAUUCUCAGCCAACACGACUGGACAGUAGGCUUGGGCCUUAUCUUUUGCUGGAGUGAAAAAAAAGUGAAGCAAGCGAAGACAAAUCUUUAUAGCAGGCAGCACACUGGAACCUGGCUCCUUGCUGAGUGCAAACAGGAAUUUAAAUGUGAAUUUGAAGUCAGAGGUCUCACUUCCAGCUAACAUGGCAUCAUUUAUUUCCUAAGUUGAAGUCUUGGAGUAAAAUACAUUCCACUAGCAUCCACCAUCCACCAUUAAUUGCUACGGAAGCUUCAUUGUGUAUUCCCACUCUUCUGUCUCCCUGUUUUCUGUAAAAUAAAACCCUCUUGCCAAGUAA